AUGGCCUCAAAGGGAUGGCUUGUUUUCUUCCUCGUAGCCUUCUUGGCCUUGGCCAUGGUGGCUGAAGCAACAACAAUCCAUGAGUUUGGACGAAUGGUCACUGCUGGUGAUGUUGAUCUCAUUGUAGAUGACAAUGAGUUUUUGAUGGUUUCUGAAUCAAACCAUCGACAACUUUAUGGGCGCAAAAGGUACAUUAGCUAUGGAGCCCUUAGGGCAAACCAAACACCCUGUCGUAGGCGUGGACGCUCCUACUACAAUUGCAGGCAGAGGGGUAGGGCCAACCCUUACCGUCGUGGUUGCACUGCCAUAACACAUUGUGCCAGACAAACUGAUUAA